AUGUGGGGAUGGUUCGGUGGCCAGGCGGCUCAGAAGAGACGAGAUGCGCCAAAAAAGGCCAUCCUCGGGCUACGAGAACAAUUGGAUAUGCUUCAGAAGAGAGAAAGGCAUUUAGAGUCGCAAAUGGCGGAAGCAGAUGCCACAGCGAGGAAGAACAUAAGCACGAAUAAAACAGCCGCCAAAGCCGCACUCAAACGCAAAAAGCUACACGAAAAGACCCUCGAGCAGACCUCGGCCCAAAUCGCACAGAUCGAACAGCAAAUCUACAGUAUAGAAGCCGCCAACAUCAAUCAGGAAACACUAAAUGCUAUGAGAAAUGCUGGGAAGGCAAUGAAGGAGAUUCAUGGGGGCAUGACGAUCGAUCAGGUAGAUAAAACCAUGGAUGAAUUGAGGGAGCAGCAACAACUAGGAGAGGAGAUCGCAAACGCCAUAACGAGCGCACCGAUUGGAGAGCCGAUCGACGAAGGCGAGCUGGAAGACGAGCUUGAAGGACUGGAGCAGGAGAUGCUCGACGAGCGAAUGGUGAAGACCGGCACGUUGCCAGUUGGGGGAGAGCUGGAGAGGGCGCCGGCUGUUCCUAGUGGGACUGUUGCGAACAAGAAGGUACAAGAGGACGACGAGGAGGAAGAACUACGAAAGUUACAGGCGGAGAUGGCUAUGUAA